AUGGCCGAGGAAGAGCUGCAGGCCAAACUGCGCGAACUGGACCAUGAGCUAGAGGAAGGCGACAUCACAAAAAAAGGAUACGAAAAGCGCCGGACGCUUCUGCUGUCGCAGUUCUACGGCCAUGGAGACUUGGACGCGCUAUCGUCGGCCGGCCACUCGCGUGCUGCUUCGCUGGCCGCCAUCUCUGCUGGCCCUUAUGCCACCGACGACAGCUUCAGCAAUGCCCCGACUGCAGUCGAACGCACCGCCUCCCACUUCCAGGGCCGCUCCACACCUGCGAGCACAUACGGCUCCGACUAUGCCUUUAACCCGGACCCUCAGUACAACCACCUGCUUGCCCGCCAAUCCCACCAGCAGUCGUCGCCCGAUGUUCAGAGCCGCCUGAGCACCAUGCUGGACUCGCAGCAAGGCUUCUUCGACGACUUCGCCGGCCAACAGAUCCAAGACCAGCCCCGUGAAGAGAGCUAUGGUGGUCCCCAGCGUUACUCGACCGGCGAAGCCUUCUCGCCCACAGCCAACAUCCCUCCUCCAUUGAUGCAUUCCACCGACAUGGAAUCAGCCGCUCCCAUACAUCAGCUGCCCCUUGAACCAAGAGAGGUGCCCUUCGCUGUCUUCGAUCCCCACAACAAGACCGUCCCCAUGUCCAACUUUGACAACAUCGGUGCUGUCCUCCGUCAUCGUGCUAGAUCCAAUGGCCGCCAGCCCGCAUACUGGGUCCUCGACUCCAAGGGUAAAGAGACGGCUUCGAUCACCUGGGAGAAGCUAGCAAGCAGGGCCGAGAAGGUCGCACAAGUCAUUCGUGAUAAAAGCAAUCUGUACCGCGGGGACCGUGUCGCCCUGGUCUAUCGUGACACCGAGGUCAUAGACUUUGCCGUCGCUCUCAUGGGUUGUUUCAUCGCUGGCGUUGUCGCUGUGCCCAUCAACAACGUCGACGAUUACCAAAAGCUCGGCCUUCUCCUCACUACCACUCAAGCACAUCUUGCUUUGACCACGGACAACAACCUCAAGGCUUUCCAUCGCGACAUCAGUCAACAGCGGCUGAAAUGGCCCUCGGGUGUCGAAUGGUGGAAGACCAACGAGUUCGGCAGUUAUCAUCCAAAGAAGAAGGAUGACACACCACCUUUGCAGGUUCCGGAUCUAGCCUACAUAGAAUUCUCUCGAGCUCCUACUGGUGAUUUGCGCGGUGUCGUCCUGAGCCACCGUACCAUCAUGCACCAGAUGGCUUGUGUCAGCGCCAUUGUGUCUACCGUUCCUACCAGUAUCCCUGACUCUGGGUUCCGAGCACCGCCUGGAACAAAAGCUGAAACCAUCUUGUCUUAUCUCGAUCCUAGAGAAGGUGUUGGCUUAAUCCUUGGUGUACUGUUCGGCGUGUAUGGUGGUCAUACAACCGUCUGGCUUGAAGCCAAGACUGUCGACACGCCCGGCAUGUAUGCCCAUCUGAUCACAAAGUAUCGGACCACUAUUAUGGUUGCCGAUUACCCAGGCUUAAAGCGCACUGCGUAUAAUUACCAGCAAGAUCCAAUGGCCACGAGGAAUUUCAAAAAGAAUGCCGAGCCCAAUUUCUCAACAGUCAAGAUUUGCCUGAUCGACACAAUCACCGUGGACAGCGAAUUUCACGAAAUUCUGGCAGAUCGAUGGUUCAGACCCAUGCGCAAUCCUCGUGCCAGAGAGUUGGUUGCCCCAAUGCUUUGCUUGCCUGAACACGGAGGCAUGAUUGUAUCUGUCAGAGAUUGGCUAGGUGGUGAAGAGAGGAUGGGAUGUCCCCUGAGUAUCGACGAAGCCGAGCACGAUAUCGAGGACGAUGGGUCUGCGAACCAAGCAAACAACUAUUCCAGUCUACUUGGGAGUGUCGGAGGUAUCAUGGCCAAAAAGGGGCAGAAAAACAGUCGGAAUGAGUUGAGUGAGGUCUUGCUCGACAAAGAAGCAUUGAAGACGAACGAGAUCGUUGUUCUUGCUAUGGGUGAAGACGCCAGAAAGAGAGCCAAUGAACCUGGAACCGUAAGAGCAGGCGCUUUUGGUUACCCCAUCCCGGAUGCGACACUUGCAUUGGUUGAUCCCGAGACUGGAUUGCUUUGCUCGCCUUACACGAUUGGUGAAAUUUGGGUGGAUUCUCCAUCCCUUUCCGGAGGCUUCUGGGCUCUCCCACGGCACACUGAGAGUAUCUUCCACGCCAGGCCCUACCGUUUUGUCGAGGGCAGUCCUACACCAGUCUUGGUAGAACCCGAGUUCCUGCGUACGGGCCUUCUUGGAUGUGUUAUUGAAGGCAAGGUGUACGUCCUCGGCCUCUACGAGGAUCGCAUAAGACAGCGGGUAGAGUGGGUCGAGAAUGGCGUUUCAGAGCAUGAGCACCGCUACUUCUUUGUUCAGCAUCUGGUCACAAGCAUCAUGAAGACCGUGCCGAAGAUUUUUGACUGUUCUGCAUUUGAUGCGCAUGUCAACGGUGAAUAUCUUCCGUUUGUGCUUUUGGAGUCCCAGGCCGCCUCCACGGCUCCCACCACCGCAGGUGGACCACCAAGGCAACUAGACAUCCCUUUCUUGGACUCGCUUACUGAGCGUGUCAUGGAGGUGCUCUACCAGGAACACCACCUGCGAGUAUACUGCGUGAUGUUGACGGCUCCAAACACCCUGCCACGAGUUGUCAAGAACGGCAGAAGGGACAUCGGAAACAUGUUAUGUCGAAAAGACUUUGACAACGGAGCUCUGCAAUGUGUGUACGUCAAGUUUGGUGUCGAAAGGGCUGUUCAGAACUUACCAUUGGGCGAUGAUCCUGCCGGUGGUAUUUGGUCACCUCUGGCCUCGCAAGCAAGACAAGAUCUCUUGAUGUUGCAAGACAAGCAAUAUUCCGGUGUAGAUCACCGGGAAGUGGUGAUUGAUGACCGCACAUCGACGCCCCUGAACCAGUUUUCUAACAUUCACGAUUUGAUGCAGUGGCGCGUUUCGCGUCAGGCUGAAGAAUUGGCUUACUGUACCAUUGAUGGUCGUGGCCGAGAAGGCAAAGGUGUCAACUGGAAGAAGUUCGACCUCAAGGUUGCAGGUGUUGCCACCUACCUGAAGAAUAAGGUCAAGGUCCAGGCUGGUGACCACUUACUGCUCAUGUACACCCACUCUGAGGACUUCGUCUACGCCAUACACGCUUGUUUCUGUCUGGGCGUGGUUGCCGUACCAAUGGCUCCUAUUGAUUCUAACAGACUUCAUGAGGAUGCGCCAGCUUUGCUCCACGUCAUCGCCGACUUUCGGAUCAAGGCUCUUAUCGUUAACGCCGAUGUUGAUUCGCUCUUGAGACAGAAAGCUGUUUCGCAGCACCUAAAGCAGUCAGCAUUGAUUCUCAAAGUUAACCUUCCCAACAUUUACAACACCUCGAAGCCACCCAAACAGUCCCAUGGCUGUCGUGACCUAGGACUUACCAUGCGACCAGCAUGGGUAGCUCAAGGAUUCCCUGCUCUCAUUUGGACUUACUGGACGCCGGACCAGCGUAGAAUUGCCGUUCAGCUCGGCCACGACACCAUCAUGGCAUUGUGCAAGGUUCAGAAGGAAACUUGUCAGAUGACGUCUACGCGUCCAGUCCUGGGAUGUGUGAGAUCCACCAUGGGUAUCGGUUUCUUGCAUACCUGCUUGAUGGGUAUAUUCUUGGCCGCUCCCACGUACUUGGUUUCGCCUGUCGAUUUUGCUGCAAAUCCUAGCAUCCUGUUCCAGAUAUUAUCACGCUACAAGAUCAAGGACACAUACGCCACAUCGCAAAUGCUCGAUCAUGCCAUGGCUCACAAUGCCGGAAAAUCUACCUCUCUCCUUGAGCUGAAGAAUCUUAUGAUUGCCACAGAUCAGAGACCGCGCGCUGACGUCUACUCCAAAGUUCGCGUGGCGUUCUCACAAUCGGCGCUUGAUAGGACUGCUAUCAACACCAUAUAUAGUCAUGUGCUGAACCCCAUGGUUGCGAGCCGUAGCUACAUGUGCAUAGAGCCCAUCGAGCUUUAUCUCGACACCAACGCACUCCGACGAGGAUUGGUGGCUCCCGUCGAUCCUGAUACGGAGCCCUUUGCUCUGCUGGUACAGGAUUCAGGCAUGGUUCCUGUCAGUACACAAAUCAGCAUUGUCAAUCCAGAAACAAACCGUUUGUGUUUGGCAGGCGAGUAUGGUGAGAUUUGGGUACAGAGUGAAGCUUCUGCGUACUCCUUCUACGGCUCGAAAGACGCAUUCGAUGCCGAACGUUUCAAUGGUCGCACAGUCGAUGGUGAUCCUGGCGUGAGGUACAUGCGAACUGGAGACCUCGGUUUCUUGCACAGCGUCAGCAGGCCUAUUGGCCCUGGUGGCAAUAUGGUUGAGAUGCAGGUGCUGUUCGUCCUCGGUGGAAUUGGCGAGACUUUCGAGGUUAACGGCCUCCAACACUUCCCAAUGGAUGUUGAAGCUAGUGUAGAGAGGUGUCACCGGGCUUUGGUAUCUGGCGGAUGCGCAAUCUUCCAGGCCGGCUCACUUCUUGUCCUGAUUGCCGAAUCUCGCACUCGAGCCUUCCUCGCGUCGAUAGUGCCGAUGAUAGUAAACACGGUACUUAACGAACAUCAGCUUGUCCUCGAUAUCGUCGCGUUCGUUCAGAAGGGCGAUUUCCCGCGAUCACGACUCGGUGAGAAGCAACGAGGCAAGAUUUUGGCCAGCUGGGUUUCACGCAAGAUGCGCACGAUAGCCCAGUUCAGCAUCCGCGAUCCUGACGCCGAGGGAAGCGUGGGCACAGCGGUGCCGAAUGAAGCUGUGACUGGCAGGCGUGAGAGCGUACAGUCGGGCAUUGCAGGCGCUGGCGCCUACAGAGGAGGACCCGGCAGCAUCAACCGCGCUCCCGGCACAGCAGGCAGCUCGUUGCGUCAUGUGGAGAGUAUCUCACAGUUACCGCUGGCCGAGGAACCACAUGCGCACGACUCAAUGCCAUCAUCCAUGCCGCAACCGCUCUACAUGGAAGAGCUGCCGCGGCCAUCGGCAGAGUUCCUACACAACAACAACGACCACACGCCUACCAACGAGCGGCCCCACGAACUCACACUGAACACCACACUCGAUUAUUCUCCCGUGGAAGGCAAUAUGAUUUACGGUUUCUCGGACGAGCAGGACUUUGCGGGCAUGGCGCCUGAGCAACAUCAACCACCGCCUCGAUCAGACUUUAGAGGCAGUUACGGCGGAUCGCCUCACUCACCUGAGGACAUGCCGAUGCAAACAGGCGGAUUAAGAGUUGCCAACCGCACGAGUAUCGACAGCGAUGACGAUUGGUCACAGGAUGCCCUGAGGCAUUUGAAUCUGAACGCGAGGUAA